AAAAACAAUAUGAACAACCUCUUCAUCUCUCUGAUUCUUUUUAGUCUAUGCAUAAGAAAUACAAUCGGAAUAAGUAAAAUCGUGCUCACGAACGAGCUGCACAACAAAAUCCUUGCGGUGCGUUGUAAAUCCAAGGACAACAAUCUUGGUGACCAUUAUUUGCGCGUUGGCCAAUCAAAGGCUUUUGAAUUCGACGAUAACGUUUGGAGGAGGACGCUUUUCUUUUGUCAUAUGUGGAAAGGGCCUAAUUAUAAGGUUCACAAAGUGUUUGAUGCAUACAGAUCUAAGUGGAAAAGCGAUUAUGGGCCAACGUAUUUUUGGAUAGGAAGAGAGGAUGGGAUCUAUUAUAGACAAGAUCCCAAUGGUAAACCUCCCGUGAAAAGAUAUGACUGGAAUCUUACGGCACCUUGA